CCCGGAAGAACGGAGGCCUUGCGGCUGUGCUGCCCUGCCCGUAGUCCCUGCGCUCCUCGAGGGGCCCGGCCGGGGUGCUGCGAGGGCCCCGGGAGGUUGAAGGCUAAGCAUGGGGAAGAGCUGCAAGGUGGUCGUGUGUGGCCAGGCAUCUGUGGGCAAAACUUCGAUCCUGGAGCAGCUUCUGUAUGGGAACCAUGUAGUGGGUUCUGAGAUGAUCGAGACGCAGGAGGACAUCUACGUGGGCUCCAUUGAGACCGACCGGGGGGUGCGGGAGCAGGUGCGUUUCUACGACACCCGGGGGCUCCGAGAUGGGGCUGAGCUGCCCCGGCACUGCUUUUCCUGCACUGAUGGCUACGUCCUGGUCUACAGCACGGAUAGCCGAGAGUCCUUUCAGCGUGUGGAGUUGCUCAAGAAGGAAAUCGACAAAUCCAAAGAUAAGAAGGAGGUCACCAUCGUGGUCCUUGGCAACAAGUGUGACCUGCAGGAGCAGCGGCGUGUAGACCCAGACGUGGCUCAGCAUUGGGCCAAGUCAGAGAAGGUGAAGCUGUGGGAGGUAUCAGUGGCUGACCGCCGCUCUCUCCUGGAACCCUUCGUCUAUCUGGCCAGCAAGAUGACACAGCCCCAGAGCAAGUCCGCCUUCCCCCUCAGCCGCAAGAACAAGGGCAGCGGCUCCUUGGAUGGCUGAACGGUUGCCAUCCCGUCUUCACCUUCCCAACCCCAUUCCAGCUGCUGGAGCUCUGGAAGAUGGGUUGAGGGGAAAGGGGGGUUAGGCAAGCUAUCCUUCCCAAGCAGUGGGGGAGCCCCCCACUGGGCCAGGCAGCUGAGCUGUCCCAGGCUCAGGCCACUUUUGCUCCCUCUCAACUCUGAGAAGUGCACAUAAUCUAGGUUAGUGCCCCCAACACCCCCCCUAGCGCCCCCCAGCUCUCAUUCUGUCUGCCCCGCUGUGACCUGGGGCAGUUGUGAGUCAGUGUCCCUUCCACCUGCCUUGGAUGGGAAGCAGAGCUACCAUGCAGAAGUGCCCAGUCUAGGGUCUGGUUCCAAUCACAGGGGUCCCACUCCUCUGAGCUUUCUGCCAGUGACACACACACGUACUUAUGGCAGCAGCCUGGACUCGAGAGAAAGGGCAUCCAGGUAUCAUGUAUGUGUGUGUAGAUGUGUGCACAUGUGAGCGUGUGUGCAUGCUGGUGUUAGGGGUGCUCCCUCAUCCAGCACCCUGACCUUUCUCCUGUCCUUACCUUGGCUGGAAGAAGCCAGCCUCUCGGGAAGUGUAAUUUUCUGUUUACCUAUUCCCCCAAUUGUUUUGCUUCCUCUUCCUCCUCAGGGAGCAGAUGGGCCUCAUUGGUUGAGGUGGAAUGGAAUGACGACUGGGCUGAGUCACCAACUGGCUUUGUGACUCAGCAAGGCCUUUCCCCUCUCCAGGCUUCAGUGUUCUCAUCUGUAAGGUGACAGGAGUUGCUUAGGUGAUCUUCUAGAUCCUCUCUAGCCCUAUGAUUUUAUGACGCCCAUGGCUUCCAGGCUGGCUAUGACUGUCCCCUUUGCUUCUCCCUCUUUAAGGUGCUAUGUCUACUGGCCCUGGAGGUUGGGACACUGCUCUCCGCCAGCCACCAGGGGGCAGGAGUGCACUGUGCUCUCAUUGCCAGAGUGGCUGCUCAGUGCCCAGUGGGGGACGUCACACCCAUGGGGGCUGGUCUUCACCCCUUCCUAUGGUUUUCAGCUAAUAGCUGGACUUCUAUUUAUACAUUACCUGUUCCAAAUAAGCCUGCUGCCAUGGUGAAGGCUGGACAAGGUGCUCCUCUAGCCCUUCCUUCUUACCUCAGAUGCCUGAACAGAACAAGGCAAACCAGUAGCAGCUUCUCGGGAGCUGCCAGAUCUGUCGGGGCUCAGUAGGGUGGUUACACUCACAACACGCUGUAAAGUGAGCUUAUGACCCACAACUUCCUGUGCCCACUUCGUGCUUCUCACGUGCACACCUAGCACAGGUGAGACACUACAGCCAGGCGACCUCCAGUACACGCCCCUUCUCCUCAAGAUGGGGGAGGUGAGCAGGGGCAAGUGGCCCAGGGCUGGGCAAGUCAGGUUAGGGCAUAUACAGGCUCCAGCUUAAAGUUCGUUUAUUGAUGCUUUGGACACAAUAAAACCACAACUUAUCAAAAAG